AUGCUGGAAUUAAUGCCUUUGUCCAAAGUGGAUGUCGGAUCGGCCCGACUCAAGAAAGCGGUUGAUAAGGAAUUGUUCAUUUCACGAUGUCGAAACCGUUUGAAGGGGAAAAAGAACCUAAAAAAGUACCUUCCAGAACGGUUCAGCUUCCUUUACCAGUUCCUCUGGAACCAGAUGCCAUCCAACCUGUACGAAAACAUCAUGGGAAAGUUAAACAAAUCGCAUCAGGAAUUUAAAACGAAAGUCAUCAGUUCGAUGGUACCGGACGAGGUACUAUACAGUCCGGAUGAUUACAAAACUAGCAAAUUUAUGACCGCAAUAAUGUUUGUCGAUGUUUCCGGUUUUACUGAUCUUUCCGAAUUGUACCACAAUCCCGAAAAUGGUGGAGCGUCCAAACUGUCCCAAGUCCUAAACACCUACCUCGGUGGGAUUGUGAACGAAAUUCUAGGUCACGGUGGAGACAUUCUUAAAUUCUCUGGCGAUGCGAUCCUGGUGCUGUUUAAGGCCAACUCGUCCGUAUCGCUACCUGAUGCGAUUCAUCGUGCGAUCGAUACAGCAAUCAUUAUACAGCUUUCCUAUGGACGCUACAAGACAGACGUCGGUGUAACGUUGCGGAACAAGAUCGCCAUUUCAGCUGGCGAGGUACAUUUUUCCCUGGUGGGAGAUGGUUCCUUUUCUCACUAUGUUGUUGCCGGUCAACCGGUAUGGAAAGUGAAGCUGGCGGAACGUAUGGCACUGGCGGGUGAUAUUAUCGUUACAUACUAUGCGUGGAGCUACAUCCACGAUAAUGAAUAUGUUUGGGAGUCGUGCGCGGAUCGAAUGCAUCUCAAGAUCAAAGGAUUUACCAGCUAUUGGCGUUCGACGAAGCGGUUAAACUUUGUGGAUGCAUCGUACCGAGAUGAUACAGAGGGUGACGAUAUUUAUGUGCAGGACGAUGCAAUUAAGAUUGAUAGCGAAAUGAUUGCCAUUCGCCCUCGUCUUAAAUAUGUAACACCACACAUUGUGUCAUCGUCAUUGCAAAAGUUUCUCAUUAAACCCGUCCUGAAUGCGGUCGAAAACAACGAACCACUCGAGCUGUUAACCGAAAUGCGUCAAAUAGUGACGGUAUUUUUGAACAUCGUACUGAAACCACGGGAUGUUGUGGCGCUGAUCAAGGAAAUUAAUUCCAUUUUCACCACCGUUUGCAAGAUCGUCGAAGGAUACGAAGGAAUCGUAAAUAAACUUUCCCUGUUCGACAAGGAUGUUAUGUUUCUUAUAAUUUUUGGAUUGCGCGGACUGAAGCAUGAGAUGGACAGUCAGCUUGCAUUGCACUGUGCUUGCGAAAUACAGGACACGUACGCGAAAAAUCCAUCGAUCAUUUCGGCCUCGAUCGGCAUUACUACCGGCAUCGCAUACUGUGGUAUCGUUGGACACACGGUGCGGCGCGAAUAUUCUGCGAUUGGUGUGCAUGUUAACAAAGCGGCCCGAUUGAUGAUGGCUUACCCGCAUAAGGUGACCUGCGAUAAGAGUACUUUCAUGAUGAGUAAACUGGACCCUGCUCACUUCACGCUGCAAGAUGCAAUUCAGCUGAAGGGAUUGCACAAUGUAGGGCCAAUUUAUGAGUUUCGGGAAUUUAUUGCGGAACGUGAGCUGCUUAAGCCAAUGGUCUACAACUACCCGCUAGUUGAUCGUGAUCAGUUUAUCGAAAUCUUUCAGGAAAUGAUCGACGAUGGUAUGGUUAUUGCCCAGCAAUGCACACGGAGCAAUUUUCCAAACGAGCAGUGUAUUCAAAAUUGCCUUCUGAUACGCGGUGAAGCGCAGAUGGGUAAAACACGGUUGGUGAAUGAAUUUUUCUACAUCGCGCUACGAAACAAACACAUCAGCUCGUUAUGUUUUUCGCUUACAUUGAAAGAUUCAAAGGUAUGUAAGAUAUGCGUUGUGUUGGGUGUUGGUUGCAGAACAAUUAUGUUUGCUUACGUCCAGAAACCAUAUUCUGCGGCCAGCCUUUGCAUUUCACGUCCGCUUGGAUUCACCGAAACGAUAACGACCGUUACAAGACAAAAUCGCAUGAAGCUAUACCUAAGGGAGCAUCAGAUGGAGCAACAUUUAUCACUGUUGAACGACAUCCUUGGCACGAAUUUUAUCGAAACGGAAGCGACUGCCAGUUUAAGCAAAACGGAGCAAUAUUCCGCUAGAAAAGAUCUGUUCCGGUUCCUCUGUCAAAAGACGUUUCAAAACCUCUGGGUGCUAAUAAUCGACGACGCAGAAUUCAUAGACGACGAAUCGUUCGAUCUGUUUGACGUCAUCUGGGAAAUGCCACAGAUCAUUACGGUGCUAACGGUGGGCUACCAGAAGCGGCUGAGCCCGGUACGUGUUCGCGUACUCGACGGUCCCACCGUGUGCCAAGUGAAGCUGCCACCGAUCGAAACGUUGCUACACAAAGCGGUCGCUUGCCAAUUUCUGAACGUUAAUGCUAUUCCGCUGGACCUGGAACGGCUAUUGCACACCAUCAGCAACGGGAAUCCAGGUUGGAUCAAUACGUUUCUGCUCUGCUUACGUCAGAGCGGUAUCCUGCGCGUAAAGCGUAUGGGUUACUGUGAAGCCCAGACCGAAGGGUACGUGUUUUGCGAUUCGUCGUUCCUGCAGCGGGACAGUAUCAAGUCCAGCUCCACACUACGGCCGAGCCUCUCCGAUUGGCGGCUGUUCGAAUCGUCGUUCGAUACGGGCGAUACGUCGCUUUACCCGGGCGAUCAGACACCUUCGCUAUUUAACAAGAUCGUAGACGUUGCGUACCUGACGGACGCGGUCGACACGAAGGAUUACUACACCUCCCGCAACCUGGAAGCGUUCCAUCUGAUGCUGUACGAUUCGCUGUCCGCCUUCGAGCAGCUCGUAUGCAAAUGUGCCGCCUUUUUGGGGCAAAAGUUUCUGCGCGCCUCGCUAAUGUACACGAUGGCUACCGAGAGUGAAUGGGAUGUGGCGAUCGCAAUGAAGAAACUGUUUGACCUUCAAAUCCUAUCGUGCGCAAUCGGUGACUUUAGCGAAGGUUUCCGGCUAGCGCAGCGGAACGUGAACAGCAGCUGGUUGGGGCGCGGCGAAUGCGCCUGCAUUGCUCUGGAGAUAGAUCGUGCCUGCAAAGACCUUCCAAAGUACGCGGUAUGCGGGUACUCUAAAUUCAAUUCCAGUGAGUUCCACAGCACGGUGUAUAAUCUGGUAACAGUGCAACAGAAAAAGCAGUACCACAGCAAUGCAUUGGAGUUUAUUGAAUGUGAAACCAAAAAAUGUAAUUCUUGUGGAGCUGUUCCGUUUAAGAACUUGAUGAGCUGCGAAGAAACAUACGAGGUGCAGGUUGGAUGUCAAAGACCAGAAGAACCGGAUGGCAAUGAAUUGCUGCUACAGUAUAGUACGAGUAGAUUUUCUUUGUACUCCUCUCAACAAUCAUUCAUAUUCGACUGCUUCAGACGGCGCCGUAGCUCAUCGCGACGUGCACCGGUCCUCAGCUACAAAGCGUACAGCUUUGUCUCCUGCAACUGUAACAUGAUCCUGUACAGUAUGUUUAGCGAGAUAGUGCUGCACAGCAAAGGUGCAGGAAUGUUGGAGAAAUGUGUCGAGGCCAACAUCGAAUGGGCACGGAUCUGCAUCAAACUGUCCAACAUUCCGAAAGCGAUCUCUAUUCUUGAGGAUGCAGCAAAAAUGAUGACGCAAAUCGAUACAGUAGAAAACAUUGCACUGGUUACCUACCUAAAGGGCCGUCUUUAUACACUAGAGGCAAAAGGAAGGUAUUGUUUGGAGCAGUUUGAACGUUCCUUGGAGCUGUACUACCUAGCUUCUCGAACACUUGGAAUGCAUUUUCCACGUUACCGGUCCUUGGUUCGAUUGAAGAGCAAAUAUUAUUUGGCGAAGGUGAAAAAGUAUCUUGAUCCUAAGGGUCAAGAAAAAACGCCAACCACCAAAAGUCUCUUUUAUAGCUUGAUCGUAUCGCAGAUCGCUAGCUGCUUCAAUGGUAUGCAUAAGCUCUUUGUGAAGUUGCGCGACUGGGAUCGAGCUACGCUUGCUGCCAUUUGGGGUCUAAAGCAUGCUCUACGUCACCGGAAGAGUAGUACCGUGCUGGUGAAGUCAUUUGCCAACUUUUUCCAUACAGCCUAUCACGUUGGAUUCUCGGAGAGCACAGCCUGGAUGCAGGAACGUUCGCUGGAAAUUGUUGCCGAUAAUGUGCGUCGAAUCGAUUCGGACUAUCUGGAUGCAAUUGUCCGUUUCUAUACGGCACUUUUUCUUUGCCAGACCAUACGUUCGAAGAAGGUUCUUUCGAUCGAACUUGGCAAGGUUGUGCUACAAAUAAACGAUAGGCUGCAGUACCAAUCUUGCGAAUGGGACAUCAUUCCCAUACUUUGUGAAGUUUUACUAUCGAAUCGAAGAAUUGCCGAAACGGUGCAAACGCUUUGGACGCUUCAGAAGCUGAUCAUCCAUCAGCAGUACCGUACGGGACACAUCUGGUACUAUGCGAUCUGUCUCGAUGUUCUGCUCGAUACCAGCUGCUGCAUUGAGUCGUACCGAAGGUGUGAGAAUUUCUACUUCAAAAAUCGUGAAUCCUUCCUGGCCCAGCGCAACAGCUUUGCCAGCGCACGGCUGUUUGCAAACCUGUGGCUGUGGUGCGUCCGUUACGGUGCCUGGGUAGCGGCCGACAAUUGGUUGGUGUUGUUGCGUGAAAAUUUUGUGCUGAGCGUGCAUGAUUCUACGAUCAACAUCAAUACAGCGAUCCGAAUCGUCGAAGGUAUGGUGCUUACGCUGAUCUACCACAUAGAGGCACGUAACACGGCCCAGAUACGGAAGGUGCGGACUGGGAUCGAGACGCUGCUAGGAAGCAUCGAGCAGGCGCUUUCCAUCAACCGGAAUCACGUGGCACGGUUCGAGCUGAUGCGUAUCUACUACCGCAAAGUGGUCGAUCCUGCCGCUGGUAACGUUCGGCGGCAGUUGGCUGCGGCCGCCAAACGGGCCCAGAGUCGGAACGAUCAUCUCUGCCACGAUCAUAUCCAGCACACGGCCAAGUUUUGGAAUCGGGAGUUACCGCCGGCGUUGGAAACCUUCUGGCUGGAUCACGCUGCCGGAAGUGAUCGUAUGGACGGUACGAGCCGCAGCCAGAGCUUUGCGGCCGGCUCACUAUUCGACAUCAGCAGCGAGCAGCUGUACGACUAUACCAGCUGUAUUUUGCAUCACGAACAGAUCUACCCGUAUUCAUUGCCACUGUCAAGAGCUCGUUGAAUAAUGUAUCAGAUUGUCCGGAAGAUAUCA